AUGGCCCCAUCAGGGGCCUCUUGGGAGCUCAGGGAGCCUGUGAGGUUCCGCAUGGGGCCUCUGCAGGGGCCCGACCCCUCAACCCUGCCUCAGGAGGAGCAGGAGGAUGAGGGCCACGAGCAGAACAACAACAAUGUCAACACUGGCAGGGCGAACAAGAGGAGCUCAGGGAAGUCCCCGCCGGAAAAAGUGACUGACGGAGGAGCAAAGGAGGAGAGGAAGAGGACCAAGAAGAAGAAGUCUGCGGAUCCCGAGAAGGAGGACGAGAUGGGAUCCAAGGAUAAGAAGAAGAAGAAGAAGAAGUCUGCAGAAGACGAGGAUGACGAGGAGGACCUAAAGAAGAAGAAAUCCAAACAGCUGGACUACGCCGAGAUCUACCAGAACGAGCUGCUCAGCUACCACACCGACUCCUCUGACGGAUACGAGGAUGACUACUAUAAGAAGAAAGUGUAUGAGGUGGUCACCGUCACUGGGGAUGUGAAAGGAGCAGGUACAGAUGCCAAUGUUUUUGUUACCCUUUUUGGAGACUUUGGAGUCAGUCCCAAGGUCCACCUGGCCAGCAAAAGUCGGACAGCCUUCGAGAAGAAUAAAACAGAUGUUUUCCACAUCAAAACACACAACGUGGGACCUUUGAAAAAGCUGAGGAUCGAGCAUGACAAUACGGGGAUGAACGCCGGGUGGUUCCUGGACAGGGUGGUGGUGACAGACGUCAACAGGCCCCACCUGCGAUACUACUUCCCCUGCAACAACUGGCUGAGUCAGGAGGAGGCAGACAGCCUGUUCGUCAGGGACCUGCUGGGCAGCCUCAACCCCAUGGACGUCCCCAAGUUUAAUAAGUACUUAGUGAGUGUGUUCACCGCAGACAUGAAGGGCAGUGGGACCGAUGCCGACGUUUUCAUCAAUAUCUUUGGAGAGUUCGGGGACACAGGGGAGAGACGUUUGAACAGUGACAAAGACAACUUUGAGCGUGGAACAGAGGACAAGUUUACAAUAGAUUCUCCAAACCUUGGGAGACUGAGAAAAAUCACCAUCGGUCACAACAACAGGGGCUCCUCCGCUGGCUGGUUCCUCGAUAAGGUCUCAGUGGAUGACAUGGGGAACAAAGAGAUUUAUGAGUUCCCAGUCAACCAAUGGUUCGCCAUGGACGAGGCAGACGGAAAGAUUCAGAGAGACAUACUGGUUGGAUCAACGCAACCUAUGGCCAUCGUGUACAACAUCCAGGUGAUGACGGGGGACAUAAGAGGCGCAGGCACCAACUCCAAGAUCCAUAUAGUCAUGCACGGAACCAAGGGUGUGAAGAACAGCGGGAAGGUGUUCCUGGAGGGGGGCCUGUUCGAGCGGGGCCUUAUUGACAUCUUCAACGUGGAGAUCUGCGAGCUGAUCAGCCCCCUCAGCAGGGUGUCCAUCGGACACGACAACGGCGCGGUGGGGGCCGGCUGGUACUGUGAGAAGGUGACGAUCUACUGUCCGUUCACGGGCAUCGAGCAGACCUUCCCAUGUGGGCGGUGGUUGGACGAGGACGAGGCUGACGGACUGAUCGAGAGGGAACUCUACGAGAUGGUUUCUCUCAGACAGAAAAGACUGAAAAAGUACCCCUGGACCCUGUGGAUCUUCACCACGGAUAUGAAGGGAGCAGGGACUGACGCCCAGGUGUUUCUGCAGAUCUACGGGGAACGCGGCAAGUCUGACGAGAUGAAAAUGGAGAACAACACAGAGGAUAGUUUUGAACAGGGACAGGUGGACAAGUUCACGAUUGAAAUGCCAGAUAUAGGACGGCUGCAGAAACUAAGAAUUUGGCAUGAGAAAAGACAUCCUUUUGCUGGAUGGCAUCUAGCAAAAGUUACUCUAAUGAAGACCUUGACAAAAGAGAAGUACUCUUUUGAUUGCUGCCGCUGGCUGGACAUCAAUGAGGACGAUAACGAGAUCAUCAGAGAGAUCCCGGCUACUGGGCCUCUGGUCCCGGAACCCCUCCCCUUGAUUAAGUACCUCGUCACCAUCUGCACGGGCAACAUCAGCGGCAGCGGCACGGACGCCAGCGUGUUCCUCAACGUGCUCGGGGACCUCGGCGACUCAGGGGAGCGGCUCAUGUACAUGAGCAAAAACAAUGUCAACAAAUUUGAGAAAGGCAACCACGAUGAGUUCCUGAUCGAGGCGGUGUCGCUGGGCCAGGUGCGGAGGGUGCGGGUGGGCCACGACGGGCGCGGCGGCGGCUGUGGCUGGUUCCUGGACAAGGUGUUGGUCAGGGUGGACGGGACGCCCGAGUCCGAAGCCAUUGAAUUCCCCUGUGACAGGUAA